GGCACCUGAGGCACGAUGGCGCGCUCCUCCCCCCAAGCAGCCUGGGCUCUGCUGGCCACCGGCCUCCUUGCCGCCGCCACGGCUCACGCCCUCUCGGUGCCGGGCGUCGAAGGCCCGAAGCAGAAGAAGUGCACCAUCGCCGGGACGUGGGUGAACGACCUGGGCUCCCGGGUGGUCUUCUCGGCCGCAGACAACAGCGGCGCCUUCUCGGGCUCCUACCUGACCGCCGUGAGCGCCUCCGACAACGCCAUCCAGGAGUCGCCCCUGCACGGCGUGCAGCACGACCCGGGCCGGAGGGCGCAGCCCACCUUGGGCUUCGUCGUGCACUGGACCUUCUCAGCCUCCACCACGGCCUUCGCGGGCCAGUGCUUCGUGGACGCCGCCGGCGAGGAGACGCUCGAGACGCUCUGGCUGCUGCGCGAAGAGGUGCCCUCGCGCGCCGACGACUGGAAGGCCACGCGGGUCGGCAGGAACGUCUUCACCCGCGUCAAGUGAGAGCAGCCGGGACGCGGCCUGCCCUUCUGCCCUGCCCUCCCCUGGCAGCUUCUUGCCCAAUAAGGCACCCCCACCCCCUGGCGGGUGGGGCGGCCUUCACUCAUGGGGGUGCGGGUGGGAGUCUUUGCAUAAGGUUUUUCAAGCCUCCGGGGCGGGGGGGGGGCGUGCACCCAGGUGCCACCCAGGUCUAGGCCAAAGCUUGACGGCUGCUCCCCGGUGUGGGGUGUAUGCAUUGAACACACGAGUUUGAUGCUGAGAGCAAAUUCUAUACUUCAGUUGCUUGUUAGAGGAAGGAGCAUUUCUUGCCCUCUGUCCUGGACCUAGUAGUGCCGCUCUGUUUCAUGGAGUGUCCCCUGAGUGCCAGCGCUAUGUGGGCAGCUCUCCUUACCCACUUCCUCCACCCAAUGCAUAGUGUUUAUUAUCCCUGAGCGUGGCCCCUCUUUAGUCAUCUUUUCUUUGUUGAAAAGUCCCCAACUCUCUGCAAAAGACCCUAGGAGAGAAAGGCACUCCAAACCCUAUUUCAAAAAGCACGCUGCAGAGCUGGAAAAAGUGCAGAGGAAGCAACCAAGAUUCUUGAGGGGUUGCAGCACCUUUCCUAGGAGGAACAGCUGCAGACGCUGCGACUAGAACAGACUCUUCCGUCUAGAAAAAAGACGUCGAAGGUGCGUCAUUGCUUUAUCAAAUUACGCCAAGGAUGCCUCUCCCAAAUGACUAGAGCAUUGCAGCAUUGGCUGUGCUGUUCUCAGCCCCUUUCCCAAUGGUCCACAGCAAGGAGCUGGCCCUUGGCGGUGGUUUUCCACACGGAACUUGAGUCCGGUGGCACCUUAGAGACCCACAAGACUGGCAAAGCGUCGGCUGUUCAGCCCCAGUUCCAGAUCAUUCAUGAACAAAUUGAAUAGCCCCCGUCCCAACAGCCAUCCUCGUAGGCCCCCACUGUUCAGUUCCUUCCGUCGUGAGAACUGCCCCAUUUAUUCCUGUUCCGGUUUAAUACAUUUUUUUAUCCAUAAGAGGACUUAUCCCAGGACUGCUAAGCUUGCUCAGGGGCCUUAUCUAUGUGCCUGUUCAUUUCCCCUCAUCAGGCCUUAUUCCUUUAUGGGCCUAAUAAUUCUAGCUUUGAUUACAGUUUCUACCCCUGGGGCUGAAUAGAGACUUGGGAUUCUUAUCCAGCGGCAUUGGACCUUUACAUCAUAAGAACAUAAGCAAAGCCAUGUUGGAUCAGGCCAGUGGCCCAUCCAGUCCAACAUUCUGUCACACACAGUGGCUAGAAAUCCAGUGCCAUCUAAAGGACUGUCAGUGAGGCCAGGACACCAGAAGCCCUCCCACUGCCUUCCUUCCAGCACCAAGACAACAGAGCACCACCUCCCCACAAAGAGAAUACCAUCUAUCUCCUGUGGCUAAUAGCCACUGAUGGACCUCUGCUCCAUAUAUUUGUCCAGUCCCCUCUUGAAGCUGGCAAUGCUUGUAGCUGCCACCACCUCCUGUGGCAACGAAUUCCAUGUGUUUAUCACCCUUUGUGUAAAGUAGUAUUUUCUUCUAUCUGUUCUAACCCGACUGCUCAAUAAUUUCAUAGAGUGCCCACGAGUUCUUGUAUUGUGAGAAAGGGAGAAAAACACAUCUUUCUCUACCUUCUCUAACCCGUGCAUUAUCUUGUAAACCUCUAUCACGUCUCCCCUCAGUCAUCUUUUCUCCAGGCUAAAGAGCCCCAAGCGCCUCAAUCUUUCCUCAUAGGGAAAGUGUUCCAACCCUUUAAUCAUUUUAGUUGCCCUUCUCUGUACUUUUUCCAGUGCUAUGAUAUCUUUUUUAAGGUGUGGCGACCAGAACUGUACACAGUACUCCAAAUGAGGCCUCACCAUCGAUUUAUACAGAGGCAUUAUGAUACCAGCUGAUUUGUUUUCAAUCCCUUUCCUAAUAACCCCUAGCAUAGCAUUAGCUUUUUUUAUGGCAGUCGCACACUGUGCUGACGUUUUUAGUGAGUUAUCUAUCAUGACUCCAAGAUCUCUCUCUUGGUCAGUCUCCGCCAGUUCAGACCCCAUCAACUUGUAUUUAUAUUUUGGAUUUUUGGUUCCAAUGUGCAUUACUUUGCACUUGGCUACAUUGAACCUCAUUUGCCACAUGGAUGCCCACUCUUCUAGCCUCGACAGAUCCCUUUGGAGUGCCUCACAAUCCUCUCUGGCUUUCACCACCCUGAACAAUUUCGUGUCAUCUGCAAAUUUAGCCACUUCACUGCUUAAUCCCAAUUCCAAAUCAUUAAUAAACAAGUUAAAAAGCAUUGGACCCAAUACCGACCCCUGUGGCACCCCACUGCUCACCACCCUCCACUGUGAGAAGUUCCCGUUUAUACUCACUCUCUGUUUCCUAUUAAUUAGCCAGUUUUCGAUCCACAAGAGGACUUGUCCCUUUAUCCUAUAGCUACUGAGCUUACUUAGGAGCCUUUGAUGAGGAACUUUGUCAAAAGCUUUCUGGAAGUCAAGAUAAACAAUAUCUAUCGGGUCUCCCUUGUCCACUUGUUUGUUCACUCCCUCAAAGAACUCUAACAGAUUGGUGAGACAAGAUCUUCCCUUACAGAACCCAUGCUGAGUUUUCCUCAUCAGCUUUUGGUCAUCAAUGUGCCCACUAAUUUUAUUUUUGAUAAUAGUUUCCACCAACUUACCAGUAUUGACGUCAGGCUGACUGGCCUGUAAUUUCCCGGAUCUCCCCUGGAACCUUUUUUAAAGAUGGGGACAACAUUAGCUACCUUCCAGUCCUCAGGAACAGAUGCAGAGUUUAAUGACAUCCUGAUCCCCCUCCCCCCCGGUAACACCUGAAUUCAGCUGUGGAAUUUCUCAUAGGUUUUUUAAGACAAAGAGAAUGAGAGAGAACCUAAACAAACAAAAACAGCCGCUAAUGAAUCCUGCAAAUCCAGAAUAAAUGCAUGUGAUAAAAAUAAAUCGUUGCAAUUCAGAUGACAGGUUUAUGUAGCAUGUGGAAAAUGGGGAGCCCCAGAGCAGGAGGUUUGCUCACCCAAUAUAAGGCUGCCCAGUAAGAAGCUUGGUGAGACCUUUAUGUAAGGAAUUUUGAGUAGCCCCCUGACUUCCAAUUCAAAAUUCAUUGAUCUGGGCUGCCCAAAGCCUGUGGGAAAAUCUUUCUUACACUCUACACCUUAGGUUUUGCAUUUCUGUUCCUGCAGUCGUUUUUAUAACAUAAUAACUCGGGAGGCCAUGAAAAAAGGACACAAUGAAUUUGCUUCCACGAUACACUGAAAUUUUAAAAUUGUUUCUAUCCAGAGAGAUUUAGCUUUGGCCUUGGAGUAUCCUUUCCCACUCCUGUUUUGAAAUUAGUGGUGCCAUCCAAGAAUGGGAUUCUUACUGUGUGCCUUUUAAUUCCUGGCUGCGACCUGUCAGUCUACACUGUUUGAAAGAUCAUAUACUUUGACUUGAUUGUUUUUAAGAAUUGGCUGUUUACAGAAUUGUAUGAAAUCUUAUAAACUGUACAGUAUUUUCUAUGUUGACUGAAAAGUAUAAAUUACAGGUGCUGCAGAUGCUUUCCCGUGUGCAUUCAGUAACCAAAGUUGCAAAAUAAACCCUUUGACUUCUAUGAUCA